AUGAGCGAAAGCGGAGCUUGGGGCGCCUGGCAGGUUGAGUCUUCAUCCUUCACCAAGGCUGUUGUUGCAUCUAUGCAGAAGCUCUACCCAGAGGAAAUCGCAGACCGAAGCUGGGACAACGUCGGUUUGUUGGUUGGAAACUCGGAAGAGGAUGCCAAAGAGAAGAAGCGAGUCAUGGUCACCAAUGACUUGACAUACCAAGUUGCUAUGGACGCGAUCAAGCAAGAUGUCAGCGUCAUUGUCAGCUACCACCCCUUCAUCUUUGGUGGUCUCAAGUCGAUCACCAACAACGACCCUCAGCAAGCUACCCUUCUUAAGCUGGCCAAGGCUGGCAUCGCUGUCUACUGUCCUCACACUGCCGUUGAUGCCGCUCCCGAGGGUCUCAACACGUGGCUCGCUGACAUUGUAUCCGGCCCUCACGAGAGCAAGCGCUCUGUUGCCAAUCCUGCCACCAAUGUCCCCUCCAGCCACGCUGGUGCAGGCUACGGCUCAAUUGGUCGCUUCGAUAAUGCUGUUUCUCUGUCCGAGAUUAUCCUUCGCCUUGCUGACAAGCUUGGCGGUCUUAAGCACGUCAUGGUAGCAAGCCCUGUGGGCGCUGAUGUCAAGACCACCAAGGUCAGCAGCUUUGGUGUCUGUGCUGGUAGCGGUUACGACGUUCUUAAGAAGGCCGAUGUUGAUUUGCUUGUGACUGGCGAGACAAGCCACCACUCAGCCUUGAGAGCCAUCCAGCAGGGUCGCACAUUGGUGCAGGUGUUCCAUAGCAACUCUGAGCGUGGAUACCUUCAAAAGGUGCUCAGGCCCAAGUUGGAAGCUGCCAUAAGGGAGACUGUCCCCGAUGUGGAGGUUGUAACCAGCAAGGUGGACAAGGAUCCCUUUACCAUCUUGGAUGUUAGCGAUCUAAAGUAA